AUGGGGGACUCGUACCGCCCCAGCCGAAACGAGCGCGAUCGCCCGCCAGCACUUGCAGACCGCAUGACGUUCACCCACGGUGGUGGAGACAACUACCGGCCAGGUGGCCCACAGCGACAGCAAGGUCGCGCAGGCAACCAGUCUGAGUUUACGUUUGAGGCGCAUCAUCCUGCUCCGCGCUUUCCGCCCGCUGGGCCGGCGAACGCAGGCACGCGUGACCCAAAUAGAAGACGCAACCGCGGCGAUUUAGGCGCACGCGGCUACAGACGUGGGGAUUCGUCUCAUCCCCACGGUAGAGGAAACGCAAACGGUUUCCGCAGAGGAGGUUACCGCAAGGCUGCGCCCCACGAGCGCGCUCUGCUCACUCAUAGAGAUGACGGCAGCCCUGAGCAUGCCAUGGGUGUCUCUGAUGGCCCCAACAAGUUCUUGGACCUAGACGAUUUGCCUGACGACGAAGAGGCAGAAAUGGGAGUGGAGAGUGGCAAGUCUGUCGGUGAUGACAGCGACACAGACGGUCAGGAUGGAAACCAGAAGGUAGCCCGGACGCAGGCGAUCACCCGUGCCGAUGGCGAUUCAGUACCAAAGUGGUCCAAUCCUGAUCCGUACACUGUAUUACCACCUCCCGACGAGACCACCGGGAAGAAGACGGAUUUCGUCAAGUUGAUUCGCAAAGCGAAGAACCAGGCGGCUGAGAAGGCGGCCGGGCACAACGCUGUAGCUGCCAACGAUGAUUUCAUCUCUUUUGGUGACGAAGACGGAGUUGUCGAGGAAUCGGAACUGCGGGCACAAGAAGACGAGGUACCUGUGUCGACUCGGCAGCGGCCCAAUGCUACCGCAAGGCGACCUGUACAGACUUCGCUGAGCGAAGUCGCCUAUAUUGACUCUAUCGUCAAUGGGUCACAUAACACACAUCAAGCAGCUGGACCAUCUGAUCAACUACAGUAUCCCGUCCGAUCAAAUAAACGUAAGCAUGGGGGCUUUGGAGCAGGCAUUGUUCAGGCAUGGUUGCCUCAGCCCAACUCAAACCCGACGCCUUGGCUCCUUGCCCCCGAAACAUACUCUCACCUCGCUCGUCAGCCAGACAAAUGGCUUCAUAACGAGAUACUGGAUUUUUACGACUUCGUAGCACCUCAGCCUUUCGAGCAUGAAAUUCGAAACAAAUUGGUCCAUCGGGUGAAUAGUGCUCUUGGACCUCGCAGGUUUCCCCAAGAUUCUGGUCGCAUCCUCUGUUUUGGGUCGUUCCCAGCAGGGUUAUACCUACCAACAGCUGACAUGGAUCUGGUCUACACCUCAGAUAGGCAUUACAACGGAGGUCCCCCAGUUCUAGAUUUCUCCCAGAAGGGCGCCCACAAGUCAUUACUUUACAAGGCGGCGAGGAGGUUGACAGAUUUGCGCAUCUGCCGUGGUCACCCCAACGUUAUUGCCAACGCCAAGGUUCCCAUCAUCAAGUUCACGGACGAUCUCACUGGCCUCGAGGUAGAUAUCUCCUUCGAGAAUCUAAGCGGCGUCCAAGCUCAAGCAACAUUCGCGGAGUGGAAGCGUCUGUAUCCGGAUAUGGUAUUCAUGGUAGCUCUCCUGAAGCAAUUCCUUGCCAUGCAUGGGCUUAAUGAGGUCCAUACGGGUGGCAUUGGCGGCUUCAGCAUAAUAUGCCUCAUUGUGAGCUAUAUCCACCAUGCUGAGAAACCAGCCAAUCUCGGAGAAUGUUUCCUAGGAUUUCUCAAAUAUUACGGCCACUUCGAUCUCUCCAGGAAGCGUAUCCAAAUGCACCCUCCGGCCAUCGUUGACAAGACCUCAUAUGGAAUCGACAAUCGACCGGAGAAACCGGACGGCCUCUCUAUUCAAGACCCAAAUCGCCCUGACAACAACGUUUCCGGCGGAUCAUCCAAAGCCAAAGAUGCGUUCAAAGCGUUCGGAAUGGCGUACAAAACACUAGACGACCGCAUGAAAGCUUCGGCAGCCGGUCACAAGAUCGGGCCGAGCAUUCUCGAAUGUAUUUUCGGCGGCAAUUACGAGACGUACAUAAAUCAACGGCGCCACCUAAAGUCUGUCAAGUAA